UUUCUGCUAGGCUUGACGCCACAGAUGUUCUCACUUUACGACAACUACCUAGUCUCUAUGUUCGUUUAGUACAUCAAGUCUCGAUGACUUUCACUCUCUCAUGGCGCCAAGCCGCCGUGGCAGCGUUGCUGUUCAACGCGGCGGUAACGGCCAAUUACGAUACUCGGCGAAAUAAUGAAGUCUCGGAAGAUACAAAGCGGGCUUUGAAUGUUGCCUCCGUAAAGGCACGAGGCCUAAAUCUCAGAAACUUCAUACAAAAGUUGGAUGUUGACAGUGUAUUGUCUGCCCUCGGCAGUAACAACAAGGCACAAGGCGAUGGAACUCCGGAUGUAGCUCCUCAAGCUCAACCGGCAGCACCACCACCACCAGCCGCGGGACAAGCUCCUCCACCCCCUCCCCCGGCAAAUGGAGCAGCACCACCGCCUCCUCCCGUGAAUGGUGCACCACCGCCGCCUCCCGAUCCAAAUGCCGCUCCUCCGCCUUCCCCUGACCCGAACGCUGCUCCUCCACCGCCGCCUCCAGCGAACGGUGCUCCCCCGCCGCCACCACCUGACGGGGCACCACCACCACCUCCUGACCCAAAUGCUGCUCCUCCGGAUCCGAACGCGCCUCCACCGCCUCCUCCUGAUGGAGCCCCGCCGCCACCUGAUCCGAAUGCGGAGCCGCCACCACCUCCUCCUGAUGGAGGACCGGCUCCUGACCCAAACGCUCCUCCUCCGCCGCCUCCUGAUGGAGGUCCUGCUCCCGAUCCCAAUGCUCCUCCUCCGCCACCGGAUGGCGAGGCACCUCCCCCUCCUCCCGAAGAUGGACCGGCUCCUGACCCGAACGCUCCUCCCCCGCCACCUCCUGCUCAACCUGCUGUGCCCGCAGCUCAAGCUCCACCUCCUCCUCCCGCAGCAAAUGGAACUGAUCCUGCCGGCAAGAAGAAGAAGAAGGAUAAGAAGGGCAAGGGCAAGAAUGACGCCGCAAAGAAAGCAAGGGACGAUGCUAAGAAGGCAAAGGAUGACGCCAAGAAGAAGGCUGAAGGACAGCUAGCAGGUGCUGCUGGGCCCGGUCAGGCUGUUGCCAAUGGAACAGUACCUGCACCCCCCGGCAAGAAGGGAAAGAAGGACAAGGGCAAGGAUGCGAAGAAGUUGAAUGGAGCAAUCCCUGGAGCCGCAGGCAACGGCACCGAAGCCGUUGGACCGGAUGGAAAGGCCAAGAAGGAUAAGAAGGCAAAGGGCAAGGCGGCACUUCUUCCAGGGGCGGCCGUCAACGGAACCGCGCCGGCAGGUCCAGAUGGUAAGGCUAAGGGCAAGGGCAAAGACGAUGACCCCGAGGCGAAGAAAAAGGCCAAGGACAACGGCCUCGAGGGUGCCGCUGGUCCUGCUGAGGAAGCCGCCGGGGGACCUGAAGGCAAAGGCAAAGGAAAGGAUGACGAUCCCGAGGCUAAGAAGGCAAAGGAGGCGGCUGCUGGGGGAGAGGGAGCAGCAGCCGCAGGGAAAUCGGCUGGAGCGGCAUUUGACAGACGCCGGCGAGCGAGUUUCGUUAAGCGGCGAAACCCCAUGGCCAACUUCGGCUGGUGAUCUAUGAUCAAACUCUUGUGCCGCUUGCCUGUUGUACUUUCACUCACGGGUACUACUGGG